CAGGAGGUGGGCGGCACCGUAGAAGCCUCUGGACCUGGUGCUGCUUAGGAGGUUGCAGGGCUGGAGCUGGAAGAACCGGGUCAGUGGACAACAUAAUGGAGGCCAGAAACCAGUGGAUGCCCCUUCAGUCUGAAGAGAGCGAGAGUUGCGUGCGGUGCCGUGAGAUGAGGUGAGGACUCGGACUGGACCCCUGUCAGGCCAUGGAUCCCUUGGACGGGUUCGGUGGAGGCGACCUGCCCAUGCCUCUGAGAGACGAGCUGCAGGCCUGGAGGCUGUACGAAGAGGUGGGGCCGGUUCCCGACGGCGACGCAGCGCGUGAGCGCGACGGCAGCUUCUCUGCGCUCAGGUUCACGCUUCCCGGCGACGCCUCUCCACCUGCGAACGCCGGCGCCGCCGCGGGAAUAAACCUGCGUGACCCGUGGACCAUCGCGCUGACGGACGCCCCGGAGGGCAGCACCGGACGCAUGGCCGCCCUGAGCCGCGCCACCAGCAGGCUGCUGGAGCGGUACCAGCACACGGAGCGCGCGCACAACUCCGGCGUGGUGUGGGGCCGACUGCUGCGCGUGGACCCGGCGCUGCUGCAGGGGGUGGAGGUGACGCUCCACGUGGCCCCGAAGGCGGACGAGAACCACGUCCCGUUCCUCACCGCCGUCGAUAGGACGGUGAGGAGUGUGAUUGGUGACAUCUUACACCUGCUGGACUCUGAUCCCAGCACGAGCGAGGAUUACGUUCUGAAGCUCUGCGACGCCGACGAGUUUCUCCGAAACGAAGAGCUGCUGGGUUUGCACGAGACCAUCCAGACCUACCACAAGCUGAAGCUGAACCUGCGCCUCCGACUGCUCCACGUGAACAACGUCGCGCGCUCCUUGGCCCGAGACGGACAGGAUGACGAGAGCCCGUGUCAUCUGUUCCAGCUGCUGCACUAUGACUGCGUCUUCGACGUCAGCAGGUUGAGCCUGAAUAAUGUGCUCAACGACUACAACAGGGAGGCCACGGAGAUAAUGAAGACUGGGUGUUUGACAAACAUCAGCCUGCUCUUCAAGCACGUGCGCGCCCUCAGCAGCCUCCUGGCCGGGAUCUCCUUCCAGGAGGUGGAGGAGGCCCUCGGCUGGCUGAACAGAAUCAGUCCUCUGCCUCAGAGCCGGGAGCAGAUGUUCGAGUGCCAGAGUGCGGUGAUGAUGCUCCACGGGGCGCUGCUGAAGCUGCUGCAGACCCUGUUCGACAACUUCCUGACGGACUUCAGGGCUCAGGAGACGACGCGCAGCCUCCAAACGCGCCCGGCUCAUCACAACAGCGACAUCUUACAGUUCACCUUUUCCGCCCUCUACAAGCUGCCGGCCUCCUGGAUCAACACGUACGAGUCGUUCUCUCUGUCCUGUGACCUGAUGUACGGAGGAGCCAAUAUCUGCUCCACGGGCCACUCGGAAAACAUCAGCACCGGCCUGACGUUCGGACACAAGAUCCAGUUCAGCCGCAUGAUGGUGUUUCCCAUUACAGUUAGUGAUCUGCCCUAUGAGACCAUGUUGACCAUUCACCUCAAAGGAUCAAAGAAAGGAAAAGGCCCGGAGCUGCUGGGCUGGGCCGUCCUGCCCGUCUACAGCAACAUGACUCUGGCUGCAGGAACCUUCCUGCUCAGCCUGUCUUCGCUGCCUGCAGCCCCUCAGCCUCCGUCCCCGGCCCUCUACGACGGCCACACGCUGCCCACCGGCGUCAUCCUGCAGCUCGAAUUUCCCCACGAGUGCAAGUGGACUUUCCAGAGGCCCAUCGCUCUUCCUGGUUCUUCCGCGCCCUGUGAGCCGUGUGAGGAGCUGCAGAAGAAAAUGCUGGAGAUCUCAAAGAAGAGCUGCCUCUGCUUUCUAAACGACACGGACAAGGCCUUCCUGUGGGAAAAGCGUCACAACAGUGACAAAGGCUGCGCCUUCCUCCACCUGCUCCUGGGUUCCGCUCCACACUGGCGCCCGGAAAUGCUGACGGAGAUCUAUUCACUGGUGGAGAACUGGCCCAUCCACCUGCCGGAGGAAGCCCUGUUCCUGCUCAGCGAAAGUUUCCAUGAUGUGACCGUGCGAAGGGCUGCAGUUGACUACUUCAACCAGAUUCCAGAUGGGGAGUUGGAGAUGUUCCUGCCACAGCUGGUCCAGGCUUUGAAGAGUGAGUGGGAGUUGGACGGACCCCUGGUGAUGCUGCUGUUGGAGAGGUCGCUGAGGAACAUUCGGAUCGCCCAGCAGCUCUUCUGGCUGCUGGAGGACGCCACCAAUGACCCCUACUGCCGCAGCUGGUACCGUAAGGUCCGAGCCGCCCUGUGGCACUGCUGUGGCCGGGCCCUGAGGCAGGAGCUGGAGCACGAGGCCCGUCUGGCGGCCGUGCUCAUGAAGGUGGCUGACAAGGUCCGCGGCGCUGAGAAGUCUCACCGUAAGAGUGUGUUGAACACAGAAAAGUGGAAGAUUGACAAGUUCUUCACUAAUGACGUCAGCUGUUCUCUGCCGCUGGAUCUUGCUGUACGCGUGACAGCAGUGGAUGUGGAGGCCUGUAGGUUCUACAACUCUAAUGCAGCUCCUCUGGGGAUCUCAUUCAUCUGCGCUGACCCUCUGGCCAGUAACGUCGGUAUCAUCUGCAAGACAGGAGACAACCUGCGCCAGGACAUGCUGGUCCUUCAGGUGGUCCGCGUGAUGGACUGGCUGUGGCUCCAGGCGGGAGUGGACCUGCAGAUGAUCACCUACAGGUGUCUGUCCACUGGCGAGGCUCAGGGCCUGGUGGAGGUGGUGCCGGAGGCAGUGACCCUGGGGAAGAUCCAGCAGGAGUGGGGUCUCCGAGGGGCGCUUCGCGAGGACACGCUGGCCAAGUGGUUCCACAUGGUGAACAGGACCAAGGACGACUACGAAAAGGCUGAGACCAACUUCAUCAGAUCAUGUGCAGGCUGGUGCGUGGCCACGUUCAUCCUGGGAAUCUGUGACCGGCACAACGACAACAUCAUGCUGAAGCCCAGCGGCCACAUGUUCCACAUUGACUUUGGCAAAAUUAUGGGCAACGCACAGAAGUUUGGAAGCUUCAAAAGGGACCGGUCUCCGUUCAUCUUCACCUCUGAGAUGCAGCACUUCAUCACGGGCGGCGGCCAGAAGCCUCAGCUGCUGCAUCGCUUCGUGGAGCUGUGCUGCGAGGCCUACAACAUCAUCAGGCAGCGCUCUGCGCUCAUACUCGGUCUGCUGGAGCUGAUGCUGCGUGCCGGGAUGCCAGAGCUGAAGAACGUUAAUGACCUGCAGUACGUCCAGAGAAACCUCCGACCUCACGACUCGGAGCUGGAGGCCACGUCCUACUUCACGAAGAAGAUUAAGGAGAGCAUGGACUGCCUCGCCGUCAAGUUCAACUUCUUGACGCACAACAUGGCUCAAGGGAAGAAGCAGGAGCCUCUGGCGCUGGACGGCGUCCCCGCCCCCAGCACCAACAUCCAGGGCGCCGUCAUCGAGGGACACGACGGCAAAGGGAAAGACACGCUCUACAAUCUGAAGGUGGCCAUCGACGACGGUUUCCUCACCACACAUCUGACGUUUGACCAGUUUGAACAGAUCCACAAGCAGCUGCAGAAAUCCUUCAUUGAGUCCACGCUGCCUCAGUUUCCCGGCAGGUAUCAGCUGUCCUUCAGCCCCUCCAGUAGACAGUCUCAUCUGAACAAGUACCUCAAGCAGCUGUUUGAGGGACCCUGCAAGGGAAAUGAGUUUGUGUGCAGCCUGUUCCUGGAUGGCCCUGGCUCCGCCCAGCAUCGUCUCACAAGCGUCCGUCCUCAGAUCCAGUUGUACAUCACGUAUUCUGACUCUAAGCUGUCAGUGCUGGUGAAGCACCUGAAGAACAUUAGGCACUUGAACGGCUCCAACCCUGACGCUUACGUGGUCAUGCGCCUGAGACCAGAACCCAAGAGAUGGUCAAAGAAGAAGACAAAAGUGGUUCGCAAUAACGACAACCCCACCUUCAAUGAGCUGCUGGAGUUCCCGUGGGUCCCACUGCUGUAUGGGAUGGUGCUGGUUGUGCAGGUGAAGAGCAGGAAGACGGCCCUGGGUGAAACCUACAUCCGACUGGAAGAGGCGCUGCUCGACCAGGAGCGAUGGUUUCCCCUCGGGUCGUGUUCAGUCUGAGCUCAGAGCUGCGCCGUGCGCCCGCUGCCAGCAGGGGGCGCAGCCCCAUCGAGGAGAGGAACACGAACCCAGACACCUUUCAGACUGUUCAACAAUUCACCAAAAAUAAGACAUUAUCCACUGUCGUUUAUAUUUAUUUAGCAGGUGCAGCUAACUCCACCCCAACGAUAAGGGAGGUUUGGAUGAUGUUACAAAGAGAAGUUGUUUACUCUGAUGCGUCAUUAACCUCAUCUCUUUAUAUAUUUAUGAAUGCUAAUCAAAUGAAGGAUUUUUUACUGCAUAUUUUUUAAGAUUUAACAGCCUUGGUGAUUGAUGACGAAAGGAAACUAACACUUGUGACAUACUUGCACUUCGAUUUGCACUUACUGCACACUUUGUUGAUGGGCUGUGAAGGAGGUGGCGCUGUAGGAGUGGGGUGAGGUUGUGAGGAGGAUGACAGCUCUGUGUCUCCUGCCUGAGGGGGGGGGGGCCCUCUCCUCGCUCCUUCCUGUGUCUUGUCCAUCAGUGGCAUUAAAAGCGUGAGCAUUGGAAGCGGCAGAUGCCUCCAACGCGUCUGCUCCUUCUCCCAGGCUGGUCUUCACGUCCCCUCCUCCCAACAGGCCUGCUGACCCACACUCUCCUCCUCCAUUCUCAGGAUUUAGUGAUGGUGGAUCGAAAUAGACUCCCCAGCACUGGAUUUGUUUCAAUAAUGUAUGCCUCUGUCACUGCUAUUUAUAAUAUUUUUGCUAGAUGCUUCUCAGGGCUGUAGACUUGGAAGCAGACGCGCUCCGUGGAUGCGCCGCCGUCGCAGUUUGAGCCGCGUGUGUCUUUAAGCAUGUGAUUAAAGCAGCGGUGAGGUCUGUGUGAACCUGCCGCGAUAAGAAUCCAACGUGUCACUUUGGGGAUUCGACUUCCGUGAGUGACUUUCUGUAAGCGCCGCUCCCUGCAAACAGCAGCAGGCAGCAGCUAUUUUCUGACAAUAAAAGCGAACUGUACGCCUGA